AUGGAACGCAAGGAUUUGUACGAAAUCUUAGUUAGGUUGCAAGUUGGUUUUAGAGGGGGAAGAGGAAAGAGAGAGAAAGACCUGACUGGCAAGACCAUCAACCUUGAGGUUGAGCCCAAUAACAUCACUGAGAAUGUCAAAGCUGAAAUCCAAGACAAGGAGGGCAUCCUACCUGAACAGCUAGAGAACGGCUGCACUCUCACAGACUACAACUUUCAGAAAGUGUCCACCCUGCACUUGGUGCUUCAUCUGAGGGGUGGUAUCGUCAGACCCUCCCUCCACCAGCUUUCCCAGAAGUACAACUGUCAUAAGAUGAUCUGUCACAAGUGUCCCUCCCACCUGCAUCCACGUACUGUCAACUGCCAUAAGAAGACUUGUGACCAUACCAACAACCUGUGUCCUAAAAAGGAGGUCAAAUAA